AAAUUUAUUCUGAAGGAGUCAGGUCGGAAGUAUUAUUAUUGCUGGUGUCAGAACCGAAGGGAGAACGCGGAAUACGGAUCCACUCUCUCCGGUGUUACGUCACGUUUAAAGCCAAUGAGAACUAUUGCAGUCCUUGGAGGAGGGAUUGGGGGUUUGGCAGCAUCUUACUACCUUUGCAAGAGCCCCCAGGUUACCAAGAUCACAGUUUUAGAGUCCAGCAGCCGUUUUGGAGGUUGGCUGUGGUCGACCAGGAGGUCAGAUGGGGCAGUGUUUGAACAUGGACCCAGAGGGAUUCGACCUGCUGGGGCAUUGGGACGCAACACACUCAAUAUGGUAGAUGACCUGGGUCUUGCUGGGGAGAUUCUACCAGUCACCUACAGCCAUAUCGCCUCCCAGAACAGAUAUCUGUAUGUCAACGGACAGCUCCACAGAAUGCCUUCAGGAAUAAGUGGACUUUUGCGGACCGUCCCGCCUUUCUCUCGUCCCCUCCUGUUGAGUGUUGCCAUGGAGAUAAUGGUGAAGAAAAGCAAGCAGGAUGAUGAGUCUAUCCAUUCAUUUGUUUCUAGGAGGCUGGGAAAGGAGCUGGCAGACAUAGCUGUGGACAGUUUGUGUCGCGGUGUGUUUGCAGGGGACUGCAGGAAGUUGAGUGUGCGCUCUUGUUUUCCUCUAUUAUACAACUCAGAGCAGCGCAGAGGUUCCCUGACACUGGGCUUGCUGCUGGGCUCAGGUCCCACUCCUGUGGUCCCCUCUGGCCCUCUGGCUCAGAGAUCUAUUAAAGAGUCAUGGGCCCAGUGGUCCCUGAGUAGGGGAAUAGAGUCCUUCCCAGAAUCCAUCACUGAUUACCUACAACAAAGCAGGAGAGUGCAGCUUCACAGAGAGGCAGUUGUUAAACAGAUCUGUCCUUCAGCCUCAGGUUGGAAGAUUCAUUUGGAGGAUGGAGUCAUAUCAGCUGAUCACAUCAUCUCUGCACUGCCUGCUAAAGCCCUCUCCUCAGCCCUGCCAUCCUCCUGUCAACCUCUCAUCCAGGCACUGCAGGACAUCUCCACGGUAACAGUUGCUGUAGUAAAUCUGGAGUAUGAAGGCUCCAUCCUGCCUUUAAUGGGUUUUGGUCACCUGGUUCCAUCAUCAGAGGAUCGGGGUUUGCUAGGGGUCGUCUAUGACUCUGUUCCCUUCCCUCAACACAACAGACCUAAUGGACAGACUACUAGACUGACGGUGAUGAUGGGUGGGGCCUGGUUCCAGGAAGAGUUUGGGGCCCCAGAAGCAGUAACAGAAGAGCGUCUUUUAGCGAGAGCCACUGAGGCAGUGCACUGCCACCUUGGAGUCACCAGAGCACCCAGCUGGAGUCGGGUGGCAAUACAAAUGGACUGUAUACCUCAGUAUUAUCAAGGACACUUUUUGAGAGUAGAGUCCAUGCGUAACUUCAUAAGGAAGAAUAAUCUCUCGCUGUCUCUGAUUGGUUCCUCCUAUGAUGGUGUCUCAGUGAACGAUGUCAUCUUCAGUGGACGGACAGCUGUAGAGGAGUUGUUGGGGACUGGAGUUUGAUGGAGCUGCUCAGCACUUGAACAUGCAGCACAAUACCAAGUGGAUCAGUUGUUGCUCGCAGAUGUACGAACACACACACGUAUAUAAUAAAAUUUUAUACCUUGGUCUCAUGAAGGCAGACAGUAGUGUGUGCUAAUGAGAAUCCAGUUCCCAAGCUUUUUUCAGUAUAGUGUUUAUAGCAUUUGGAUUUAAUGUUAAACUAUAUUUGCAUAAAGCAGUAAUUGUCACUCAUGUAUCAUCAGUGUGAAAGACCACUGCCUACAGACAUUAACACCAGCAACCAUUAUUUUUCUACCCAUAAUGCUUGCUACUUCUCUACAAGUACACAAAGCCUUUUGUAUUCUUGGCUUCUGGGAAAGUUACUAAUGUCACACUGCUGCUUACAGCACAGGUGUGAUGGUGGCAGCCUCAAGACUUACAUGGAAUUGUCAAGACUGGUUAAUAUGGACACUGAAUGGUGAAGUCCUUUUUUCUUCAGUACCAGUGUAUAAUUAAUAUUGUAUUUAAUAAUAUAGUUUCUAAAUAAUUAUGUUGUGCUCUGCAGUGUCAGAAUUUGUCAUGGCCAAGCUGCUCCAGACUGUGCAGGCACCGGUUCCUCUCCUCUGACCCUAAUUCUAGUCCUGAGUUAUUUUAUUUCAAGGUAGCCUAUGUUCACACAUUAUCAUUAUUGCUUUCCCUUAUGUCUGAUUUGCCUACUGAUGUGACUUGCACUUUAAGUAAAAGCCGUAUUGUACUUACAA